GAGACUGUACAAAACUACACAGACCACAAUCCAUUGAGGCUUACUGACGACGUUACGAUUGCGCAUGUGUACAGUGGUUGUUGUCAGCGGUGGUUAUGGAGAUGAGAUGGGAUCACAAGCUGUCAACCACACGUUAAUUUUCCGGUACAGGCACUGUUGGACUACGUCAGUGUCGAUCAGAGGAAUGCCCAAGAAGAUAGGAUUUAUUGUUGUCAGCUCUUCAAGUCAUGAAGACAACUUCAGUGCCCAGGAGCUCAUGGUCCAUGCACCCACAGUCUGUGGCUGGAGAUCCAGCAGGCUGUGCUCGUAUCCUCAGCACAUCACCCUCCAGCUGGUGGAGAGAUGUAGGAUAAGGAAGAUGCAACUUCUGGCUCACCAGUACCUGAUCCCAGCCAAGGUGGAAUUCCAUAUUGGAGACAGCCUCCCUGAAACCAGCCCUCCAGCUAUGCAGCUUCGGAGGCUUGGGUAUGUGUCUUUGUCGGACAACGAUAAGACAGGUUUCAAAGCUCGGGAGCUGAAGUCAGUUCAUGUAGAUGCUGUUGGAAUGUAUCUGAGAUUGACCCUCCACAAGAACCACGUCAACCGUUACAAUCACUACAAUCAGGUAGCGCUGAUUGCUAUUAAUGUCCUUGGGGAUUCUUUGGACGGCAGUGUUUUUAACACAAUACCAAGCAGAGAACAGCUGAUCGAACACUACCUCAACAGUACCCAGCAGGAAGCUGCCUUGGAUACGACUUUCAUGGGGAAAUGUGUGUCCAUAUCUCCUUUGGAUGACCUGGCCUUCGAUAUGUAUCAGGACCCUGAAGUUGCUCACAUCAUUCGUCUGCUCGACCAGAAGAAACAGAAUAUGGUCCAACGGGAGAACUUUGAGCAGGCUAAGAAUCUGAAACAGGCCAUUGCAGACCUGCAAAAGGUAGGAGAGCGCUUGGCUCGCUAUGAUGUGGAAAAGCGAUGUGCAAUCGAAAAGGAGGACUAUGACUUGGCCAAGAAGAAAAAGGAGCUGAUGGAAGAGUACAGGAAUAGUGUUUACAAGGAACUGCAAGUCCACAAUCUGCUGGACAUGACAAUGAUCACCAGCUCAGCAGGUUUGUCUUUGUCCCAGCAUCCUACUCCUCUUCUGCUUUCUCCAAGUCAUCGUUCAGCUCCCACCAUGCUACCUUUGUCCACAGAAACAUUCAAAAAGGGUAAAAAAACAAGCAGGAAUCAAAAGCAGCAGUCUGCCACACAAGCUGUUGUGGCCAAACAUAGCAGCCUACCUGACACACCAUUCAUCCCUGCUUCCGUCACCAAGAUGGAUGUUUCCAGUGUGCCUUAUGAUGAGAAGCCACUGCCAGCCCUCCAGAACAAGGAUCAUUCAGAGCAAAGCAUCCACAUCCCUGCAGUGGACCCCCCCCCUGAAUCUGAUGUGCACAGGACUCCACACAGCCCUGAGAUGAGCGGCCAGCCAGAGCCCUUAACAGAGAAAGCCCAGAGAGAAGCUGGCCUUCUAACAGAGGUUUAUGGAGAGAGCCUGGUGGCUGGAGCAUAUUCUAAGACCUGGUGCUACAGGGAGAGCUCUCUACUGGCUGUGCACAAAAAGCUUUUGGAGGUAUCUUCCACCAUCCCCAAGGAGGAGCUGAGAAACAUGAUCAGAGCUGCAGUCUUCCUGGUCAAGAAAACCCUUCUGGAUAAAGUCACAUCUGUUUUCCACGCCUCGCUUAAGCUGCUCAGGCUAAUACUGAGCCAGCUGGUUCCAGACCUAGGCCUGGGCCGGACUGAGGUAACUCACUGCUUGGAGCAGACGUUCCCUAACCUGCUGGCCAGGACGGGAGACUCUGCCAGCCGUCCGCGGGCUGCAGCUCUCACUUUCAUACAGGAAAUUGCUGUUUUGAAGGAUGUCCGGGCCCUACAGAUAAUUCCCGUUGAGCUGGUGAAGCCCUUCAAAUCCAACUUCCCCACUCGUCUGGCUCAGAGUCGGGCUGAGUUGCUCGAGAAACUACUGGUAGAACUGGGAACAGAAAACUCCGGCUUUACCUUGGAAAAUGUCAUCAAGUUCUGCACAGUUGCAUUGGAGCACAGUGCAAAAGUUGUUCGUGAGCCAGCGAUGCGCAUCAUCUUCUCCAUGUACCAACGGCACAGAGGUGUUGUUCUCAGCUACCUACCAGCCAGCGAUGCUGUUGCACGGAAGAACUUCCUCUACAAAACGCUCUUUGAUGGCUUUGCCAAGAUUGAUGGAAAGGUGGUGGAGACGCAGGCAACAUGCUGCUUUAUGACUCAGACUUUGGGGAAGGGAGGUCGUCAGGAGGUUGGACAAAAGGAGAAGGAGAUCCAUUCCCUUCAGGAGCAGCUGGCUGUCCUGAAAGAGAUCACAGUAGGUGGAGCUGUCAACAGUCUGCCGUUACAUCACUUUUCUUCUCCACUGCUAAUUCGUAGAGAUUAUGAAAGCAACAAAGUACAACAGCCCAAAAAAGACCAUGACAAACCUGAUAGAGUGUCCCAAAGAGCUGGUAAGGAAGGUGUCAAAGGUGCCCAGGGUAAGACAACAGAGGGUGUAACUGUACAACAAUCCAUCAAAUGUCUGGACAACUUGUGCAUUUUCUGCGGUAAGAGAGAUGACUCAUUCACAGAGGACGGAUUGGACCUCCACUACUGGAAACAGUGUCCAAUGCUGCGGCGCUGUGAUGAAUGCAGACAGGUAGUUGAGAUCGCCAGUAUCACAGAGCACCUACUUGGUGAAUGUGAAAAAAGUUCCAAGUUCAGUCAGUGCCAGCGCUGCACGGAGGCUGUGGCCACCGAGGACUUGACCUCCCAUGUCCAGGGUCCGAACUGCAACCCCCCAUUCUCAGGUAAAGCCUCCAACCACUGUCCUCUGUGUCACAGCAACUUCAUGCCCGGAGAGGAGGCCUGGAAGGCUCACCUCAUGGGCAGGGAGGGCUGUAAACAAAACUCACGCAGGACUGCGGUAUCCCAGAGAACCCAGCCGGCACAAGGCAGGGCUGUCGGGGGGACCAAGCUGAAGCAAUCGUGGUCAGCGGAGCCCAGAACCAGGCCCAUGGGCAGAGGCAGAGGCAGCAGGAUCCCUUCCCUGGCACCCUUGGCUCGAAGAUUUACGCCAGGGAAGCGCUGACGCCUGUUCAUGACAGCCCUGAUCCUCAUGAGGAAAUCGGCAGUAUCAAUCAACCGCUCUCAUACAUACAUCCUGUUUUUAUUCCUGCAUGUCAGCACUUUUUCUUAUAAAACACACGACAAGUCUCAGACUUACUUACCCACAUUGUGCUUUUUGCAAUCUAUUUUAAAGCCAUAACCAUCUUUCCAUUGAAGCCUUGUCAAAACAUUAUGAUGUGUACAGCGCGUUCAUCCCUCACUAAGCACAGUACAGUCACCUGUCGAUGGUUCAGUCCCAUCAGGCAAAGCCCCGCUCUCUCGGUUUGGUCCUUAUAUCAGGGCUCUAGCAUCACAGUCCUGUGGGGCCGGUAAACAUGAGCUCUCAGUAGGCUGCCUAUCUCCUUACAAAGCUUCUGGAGUUAUCUCCUCUUAUUUCCCACAACGCUCACUGACAUUCGUAGCCUCUGUGCAGACAAGCUCGGCCGCCUAAAUCUUUAGAUUGUGUACCCCUUUUACGUUUAGGAUCUUAACAAGAGACAGAAGAGACGUUCAUUUUUCUCGGAAAAAGUACCAAAAUUCAAAUGUUUAGGGAUCUGCAUUCCGUUGACGAUGUAACCAGUGACAGCUUCUCGGAACAACCAGCCCACACGGUUUAGUGUGAAAUGUGGUAUUUUUUACAUAUUAGUGCCACAUCUAAUAUGAUUUUUUUAGAUGAAUCCUCUGCUGUUACUGUCUAAACAGAGUGAACUGAAACAACAGAGUGUCAAACAUUGCCAGUGUGGUAUGAUCAAAGAGGUAAUAACCUAAACUUUGAACCAGAAAAUGAUUCAGUGGAAACACACCUUUCCUUUUAAAUGACACAUUGGUGGGAAAUUAGGCCAUUUUUGUUUUACGAGCAAAGAUCUUUGCAUUAUGCAAAGGUCAUGGCAAUAAUUAAACCUUAAGGCGCUGAACAACCUCAGUGUGGCUUUGCCGUCUGCUUCCCUUCUGCUGAAACGUGUCCUUCCAUGGCUUUCCCUAAAACCUACAGUGGGUAUAGACAACCCCUGCCAAACGUUUGAUGAUCGUAGAACUGUAGCUGUGGACUACAGUAUUUUUGUGCCUGACUAAUACCGGCUGACAAUCUUCGAUAAAACUUCCAGAGAAAAAGGGAAGCUCGAAAACAUUCAAGUGUGAAGAGUGAAAGAAACAGAGAGGGAUGUGUGGCGCACACCAGGAGUUGUCUCGAUAUAAAGAGGUGAAACAAACCCCAUCGGCUUAAAGGACUUCAGUAGCUGAAAGAUAACAUUAAAGAUCAAUAACCACCUGGCCAUCAUUUCCCAGAUUUCUUGUUAUCAUUUCCCUCCUACUUUUGUACAGUGUUGUAACGAUGUUGAUUGUAAAAUACUGAUAAGAAUUAUCCAUGUGUUAGUCUGAGGAGACAUGGCAUUCCAUUUGAUUGGUUAACGCUCCCUACAGUUUUUCCCAGGAAGAUGUAAUAAAAUUUGAUUUGUCCUACAAUGGGGGGAAAGUCAUUUUUAACUUUGCCCCUAAUAGAAGCUGUUUCUAUAUUGCCUUCAAAGGUAACCAGUAAAGGAACAGCUCCAUAUAUGGUGACUGAUAAGAAAUGAUUUAUUAUAUCCCUCUAAGUUGGCUUUCAAGUAUUCCUCUUUGCUGAGAUGAUUGUAACUGUAUUUUUUUUAAGCUCAAUGUACACUAUAGUCAGUAUUUUUGGAUUUUCUCCAUGUGGCUCUUUUUCCUCUGCAGAUGUAUUUGUAUUUGUAAAAUAAAACCACAUAAAAAUGAUGGUUCAAGAUGCAAAUUGUCAUGAACAAAUGUCUCUUUCACUCCUCC